ACAUAAAGUAAUAUUUUUGUUGCUUCUUUUGAUUCAUUUUGCACUUCAUUCUUAAGAUAUCGCAGCAUGGUUCACACGCCCACUAGAAACAUGGAUGGGUGUUUUUAAGUACUAGGUACUUAACAGUUAAUUAGUUUCUAAAUGUACUGCAGAUUUGUUUGUUGUGUCAGGCUGUACGAGGACGGAUCCCCAUCUGUUUCCUGGUAAUCUGAAAGAUUAUCUUGUAUGGCAUAUUUUGUGAACAGUUUACAUAGUUAUCUUAGAGGGUGAACACCGUCCUUGUCAAUUACUAUGAAAAUGUUUGAAAAGGGAACUUCGUUCAUCAUAUUCCAUUUGGUUUUGGUUUACAUGAACACAAGCGGCGAGUCACAGCUGAUUGGAGACGAAAAGAAAUAUGUUUUCCUUGAGCAAGUCGUGUUAGAGAGAGUGAGACCUGCAGUGUUGGAUAUGACGAAGGGUUUAGACAGAAGAGUAGGACGCCUGGAGGAGGAAAUCAAACGGAUUUUAUCGGAACUAAUCGCAAUGAAGGCUGCAGAUCCUUCACAAGAGGCGACGAGUGACUGCCCUACAUCAGGUAACUGCGUGAUCAAUGGACUCGAGUGUCCGCGAUUUGACAUGGAUCCAACAACACUAUAUAGAUCAUGGUACCUGUCCAGGGAUAACCUUACCUUGUUCAACACACGACCGGAUAACAUAUAUGGCUUGCAAAGAAGACCUAAUGGAAACCGAGUCUACUGGGGGGUACAAGGAUCCCGAGUUAUUACAAACACACAAAUAAUAUACUUCGAGACGGAAAUCUACUACAGAAUCAAACGAGAUUUUAGCUCAACUAAUCUGGUUUUCGAGGUUGCAUUUGCAACAGAAACAGCGAUUGGUAAAAGUAACUUUGUCGGUCUACAAAUGGGAGCGUGGUCUGUUAAUGCCUAUAAAUCCCCUACUUCACCUAUCGUCACUCUACAAGUCCGAAGUAAAGGUUCAGUCAUGCACGAUGAAAAGAUCAGUGACUCUACUGCAGGAACAGAGAAAUACUUGGUACUUGGGUUUUUUAUUAAUAGAGUGGACCGGACCAUUGCUGUGUUUGAUAUUAACAUGAACAGGAAGGUAUUCACCUUGACAGACGUGGACGGUGAUCAGGAUCUGUGGCCCGUGUUUGGUGUUUAUAAUCCUUACGAAGUAUAUGCACAUCUUCAACUUAUCACUCAAAAGGACAUAACAACUUAUCCCUGUGGCCUUUCUGGUAAAUGACAGAGUUUUAUCAGCAUUCAUAAUUUUUAUGGAUAGCUAAUCAUCAAACUGGCGAUGAUGUAGAACAGAUUGUUAUUUGGUCGUUAAGUGUGAAUAUCUCAAUUGUCCUGUUUAUUUUCUAUAUUGAAAUGUACAUCAACUUGAUGGAUUUUUCAGGUUAUAACAUAAGUUUUUACGUCAUAUACGCUUUAUUGCUGUUCAUAAUAACAAUGGAAUCCUGAUAACAAUGCAUUACAUGUAAUACGUCUUUGUUACCGGUGCAUCUCAGAUGAGUAAGACUUCGAAAAUCUUAAAAAAAUAAUGUAUAUUACUGAUACAAAUUCAAAUCAAGAUUUCAUUAAGCAUAACAGUUUUUAAAUUAACUGGUAAACCUGCAUAUGUAUAUUUGGUGAAUUAUUAUUUUUUUCUUAAAUAAAAUGUGUUUAAUACUUGA